AUGUCCCAGGAAGACCAACUAACAUGUCGAAUAUGCAGCGCACCAGCGGAACCGGACCAACCCCUCUUUCAUCCAUGCAAAUGCUCCGGUAGCAUCCGGUACAUCCAUCAAGAUUGCUUGACGACUUGGCUCGCGCACAGCAAGAAGAAGACAUGCGACAUAUGCAAGUAUCCUUAUUCCUUCACGAAGGUUUAUUCUCCGGAUAUGCCGGAGAGACUUCCGGUAUUACUUCUUCUCCGACAGCUCUCCCGACAAGCAUUCACUACAGUUGUGUUCUGUAUGCGGGCCGUGAUAGUCGCUGUCGUGUGGCUCGCACUGCUUCCGUGGGCCACGAUAUGGACGUGGAGGAUGUAUUUCGCUAUGGGUGACACUACGUACGUUGCAUUUCUACCCCAGCGUCUCCGCCUGUCUCACCGGGUCGCAUUUAUUGACAGCGCCUGGUGGAUCAGCAAUCGACCGAGACCACUGGAUGACAUAGCCGCUACCAACGCAUCGUCUCUGAAUGAUACAACAAGCACGGCAGCUAGCAACACCACGUCCUUCCUUUCACAUCCGAUUGUCCGCUCCAUCUCGUCCGACAUUGUCUCCGGGCAGAUCAUCGCGUCCUUCAUUGUCCUCGCUUUUGUAGCGAUCUUCCUCCUGCGUGAAUGGAUAUCACAAAAUGCUCGUCCAGGAGUAUUCGAACAAGGCGACAUAGGUGAUCUGGCACAGGGUGUUGUUCCGCAGCCCCCUGCUCAAGAACAGCCAGCUCCUCUGCCUGCCCCUGCCCCGGUGAUACCAGGUGAGAACAGUCACGUCGCGCAGGAGCAGCCACACCGCCCACCAGAUGAUGACGAUGGCGAGGCGCCAAAGAAAAGGUUACGUCGUGACGCGGGUGCCGAAGAAGACGAGCCUUACGUACGCCGGCCGACUCCUCGCUUGGCUCGGGACAAGGGCAAGCGAAUCGAUCGUCGGGUUGGCGUAUCGGGGCACGACAGACUGCGUAGACGGCAUCCGUUCAGAGACUCCUCAGAGUCCCCGGAGGAUGAAAUCGCUCAUAAUGAUGCGACAGACGAACCGGAUGACAGUAGUAGGCCGCCGCUGGAUCUUCACGAGGAGCAAGCACGAUUCACAUUUCGUCCGCCAGACCAACUGUCCGGGAGAGUGGAACAGACAGAAACAGACGAAACGAAUGACCUUGACCCAUCGCCUAGUUCCGCUAGCACCGACAUCUCAUCGUGGACUCCCGUUUUCAGUCAAGAUGUCGGUGACGACGUGGCGCCUCCAAGACCUCGAUCUGCGAAUCCUGACGUGCCUGAAGAUGUGUCGUCUUUGAUCUCGCCCAUCGACCCUCCGACGCCUGUUGAUAUCUAUGUCCCCAAAGACAUGCCUUCGCCCAUUCUACCCUCUGUCUCCUCCGACGUGACUCUAUCGGAUACCGAGAGCGACGUUCUCUCCAAUGCAGGCCCCAUCACAGCGGUCUCGACCUCUUCCACUGUUUCAGACAUGUCAGGAUCCCUGCGGCGUCCGCCAUUGCCGAGUGUCACAUUGCCGUCGCCUUCUUCUGGAGUACCGCCCUCUGCGAGUGCCUCCAUCAGUCGCGGGGCCACGCCACUUGCCUCUCCUAGUCUAGCGACUUACAGCGCACCUGAAGAGUUCGAAGCGGGCCCUUCCAAUCCCGCGGAGUACUUCGGCAGGAGUCCUUCCGAUGAGGAGAUGCGAACGGAACAUAGUAGAUACUUUGUGACGGAAGAAGACGAGGGCUUCGGCGCGGAGCUCGAGGAAGACGGAGAAGGCACCGAGCACGCGGAUGAUGACUGGUCGGAAGUUCGGGAGAAUGGCGAAGUCGACAUGCAUCCCCAUGAAGACGACAAUGGACAGCCCUUGCAGCUCCGCCCGGACGAAGCACCUGCACAACCUGCGCUCAAUCCCGAGGAUGCACGCCGCGCUGUGGAUGCGGUCGCUGAGAUAGGGGCUCGCCUUGACGAGUUGAACCAGCAACUAGAAGCCAUUCAAGAGAACCUGGAUGAGAAUAUCGAGGAUGACAUGGAUGGCGCUUUGGAAGCCAUUGGUUUGAGAGGGCCAUUGCACGGGGUGAUUCAAAACGCUGCGUUGAUGACCUUCAUCCUUGACGUGACGAUCGGAUUGGGCAUCUGGGUACCGUUCACCUUAGGUAAAUCGACCGCCCUCCUUUCGUUGGAUCCUCCCCGGCUCCUGUACAUCUUGCAUCUACCUCUUCGGGUGAUCCGCCUAGUGACGGACCCUAUAGUCGAUGGCGUAGCUCUCCUCUUCACCAGACUUGUUGUGCCGCCUAUUCUUCGACUAAUGCGUCUGCCGCUACGGCCAUUAUUGGGUGUUGAAUCCGUGUACAGGAUGAUGAGGAGCGUCGGUGGGAGGAUCAUAGAGCAAUUAUCAACGAAACCCGAGCAGACUGCAACAGAAACUCCUAGCUCAUUGCUGGACCGCGUCGCCGAGAGCGAUUCCGUCGUCUUCCACUAUAUCGAGCCGUAUUUCGCUCCACUGGGUAACAAGAUCCGAUUAUCUUCGGAAGAGGCGAAGUCGACUUGGAUGCGUCUCGCAGUUGGGAGUGGACCCAACGAGAAGAUCUUCGCAAUCCUGCUGGGUUACGCAGUCAUGGGACUCUUACUGGCCUUAUAUCUGAAUGUACUCACCAUCGGCAACGUCAAGAACGCAGGGAAAGCAGUGCGGAGUGCCGUCCGACAACAACUGCUAGUGGUGAAGGUCGCUACCUUCAUCAUUGUAGAGCUUGUCAUCUUCCCUCUUGGGUGCGGUGUGAUGCUGGAUGCAUGCACCGUCUGGCUCGUGCCACAGGGCAACUUCCGGUCGAGAGCCGCGUUCUUGACAUACGCACCCAUGACUUCUGCCUUCUACCAUUGGGUCAUUGGAACCAUGUUCAUGUAUCAGUUUGCUGUCCUUCUCGCAGGCUGCCGUGAUAUCAUGCGCCCCGGCGCGAUGUGGUUUAUCAAGGACCCUCAGGACCAGAAUUUCCAUCCUAUCCGUGACAUACUCGAACGCCCAGCCCUGGUGCAAAUCCGCAAGUUGCUACUCAGUGGCAUCAUGUAUAGCUUUGUCGUCGCUGCCGUAGUCGGCACUGUAUCAGGCAUAAUGCAGAUGUUCAGUCGAACAGUCCUGCCCUUCCGCUGGAAGAUCCGGGAACCGCUGUCACCCGUGCCCCUUGAUCUCCUAUUUCUGCACUUCGUCCUGCCCUACACGAUGCAGUACUUCCGCCCCAAAAAAGCACUGCGGCAGUUCGGCAUUGGCCUAUGGAAGUCCUUGGCCGCCCGUCUGCGGCUGAGCUCGUACAUGUUCGGGGGUCGCUAUCCUCUAGAGGAAUAUACGCCGAGACAUUGGUGGCAGAAAAUAUUCAGCCCAAAGGCUGUCUCACGGUUUGUGAUCGCGGAGUUACGCGACGGUACGUUCAAACGGGUCCCUAACAACGACACUGUUGCGCUGGUGAAGGAUCUACCAGCGGUGGCUGAAGUCGACCGGCACGAAAACCCCCUUAAUGACGAACAAGCACGCAUCAUCAAGGCCCAGAAUGCGGAAGCGGAGAAACAUAAGCGGAAUAUCAAGAAGGACUACACGGUUGUGUACUUGCCCCCACACAUCAAAUACCGUGUGGCUGCUUUCAUCUUUACGAUAUGGAUCGUUGGCUCCGUGAUACUUGCCUUCGCAUUGGGUGCCCCCAUCCUACUGGGUCGCAUGGUCUUCAAGCUCUUCGUCCCACACGACGUCCACGAUGGCUAUGCAUUCAUUGCCGGCUUUUAUCUUCUUUGGGCUUGCUACCUCAUCGCCUACUCUGUCGAUCGUAUGGACAAGCGCCGUCAGCGCAGGGGCAGCAUACUGGAGCGUCGAGCCAUAUGGCCGCUCUACGUGUUAAAAAGGGGCGUCCUCUGGAUGGCCCAAAUGUCCUACAUGGUAUUGUUCCUCGGCAUCGUAAUCCCCACCCUGCUUGCCCUGGUCAUGGAGUUCUACCUUCAGCGUAUCCGUAUCGUCGACAUGUGGGCUUUGGGUCUCCUGUACUCGAAAAUCUUCCUCAGAGUAUUGAGCAUGCAGCCCGGCAAUGGCUUCAUGCAUGGCAUUGACCAGAUCAUGCGCGGAGGGUGGACACACCUAGACCCUUUCCGAGCUACGAGGGAUGUUAUCGCUCCUCUGACGUUCGGCUUGUUAGGCAUGCUUCUCUUCCCCGCUGGAGCGCUUUGGGUCGUGCAAAAGCUGUUCGGGCUGCCUCUCGGAGACGAUUUCCUCUUCCUGCACGUCUACCCGAGCAUCUUCACCCUGGCUGGCUUCGGGCACACAGUGCUGGUCGGGACCCGCGUCCUUGGGUCAUGGUCUCAGGGCAUCCGCGACAAAGAGUUCCUCGUCGAGAUGCGACUGCAGAACCUCGAGUCAGAAUCGAGUAAUGGCGCAGAUGCAAAGCAGCCCGAUAAGCCAUACAAAGAGACACUGGUCGCACAAGAACAGAUGCAGAUCGAUGACAGAGAUGACGCCGAAGCUGCACUCGGGGUCAGAGAGGAAGAGGAAGAGGAAGAGGACUGAAGCCUAUGAUCUGCACUGACUUAUUAUAGCAUUUCAUCAUAGUAUUAGUUCUUGUAUGUAGCAUCGCACCCAGAUCCCCCCGCUAUCGAUGUCCCAUCGCAGAGAGAGAAAAGAUGAGCGG